CACCUUCUUGUCUUGUUUGGUCACUCAACGCAGGCCUGUUGCAUUUUCCACAGCGAAAGUUAUCCCGAAAAAUCUCGUAGAGAGGAAUCUUUAGUCGCCCCGAAGCUGUAUCUGUUGAUUAUAAUUUCUAAAUCAUUUAUCACAGAUUUUCAUUCUUUUUUUUUUCCGUAAUCGCAACUGAAAAUAAAAAUAAAAUGACAGGCAAAGAAGCAACCUUAAUAUUCCUCUCAUUAACCCUAACAUGCAUAUUUGUCACCAAAAGUGAAGCAGUUUUUCCCGAAUUCUGGAAGUCCGUCAAAUAUGACCCGAUUCUGAAAGACGAAUACAAGAAUAUUCAGGGUGACCCCAGAAUACCGGAGGCAUUAGAUAACGACGAGGCUCUGCUAUUAGGCCAAAGUGACUAUCAGCCAUGGGAAGAACAAGUGCCAUUUGAUAGGAGACUUCUGCCCAGCAAACGUCAGAUCCGGUACAACCAGUGUUACUUCAACCCCAUUUCCUGCUUUCGAAAGCGAAAUUAAGGUUCUUAUUGUGGACGAAAAUCCCGGUAGACAAGCUGGUUAUUAUUUUGUGCAUGUAUAUAAAUGAUGAAAAAAAAAGUAUUGAAAUAAAUCACGUAGACCGUAACACAUCCUGAAAAUGUGACGUAGAUCUUGAGAUUGAACGUUGUAGUUGUGUAAUUAAAGUUAACGUUCAAUAAAUGUUGAACCCAUGUAAAGUUUUGUCUCUUAUGUCAGACGUUUGUUCUUUUUAAAGAGUGCUAAUAAAGUAUACUGUUCCUUUGUGAUCCCUCAA